UCCAGGUUUGAAACCAGGACUGGCGAAAGCGGCAACCCCGCCGCCACCCACCCGUCUUUUCUCCGCCUUUCUCCCUACAACAGCCUCCCGCCCUCGUUUUAUUUAUUUUUUAAUCAGAUCUGAGAUCCCAUUGGAGGGAGUUCAGUAAAUGAGGACAUUUCCAGGACUGCGUGGCUUCUGCUGUUACUCUGGCAUUGAAUUGCCUCCGCGACUCACGAGUGAAUUAAUGUUGGACUGCGAAAUCUAACGAGGAGAAGAGAGAAAGCAGGCGUUGAUAGUGGUUAGGGGUCUCCGGGAAGAUUUCUUUUUCUUUUUUAAAUCUCCUUGGUAUUAUCUUGCAGCAGAUGCUCUUGCGAGAGCGGCUCGUUCCUCUGCAAGCUUGCAGAAGUGAGCCGGUAGAGAUGCAUCAUCGCAAAGGAACUGCACUGACCUUUACUUAUUUUUAAGGAAACGCUGUAAGGUAAGCAACCUCGCGCUACAAAUCAGCUGAAAUUUCUGGGGAAACUGCAGACGCUGCCCCCCCAGAUUCCCCGAGGAUCAAGAGUGCCUUGACACAAGCCUCAGCAUCAUGCCGGAAUGAGGCUUCGGGAGAACAGCUGAGUAACACGAUGGCCAAAGGAACUGAUCAUGAGAUGAGGAACCUUUCAUCUCCAGCCUCACAAUCCCUCAAUGAUGAAAGUACCACAGGAAGUGAGGAACCCAGCAAAUGCUUGCUUGCAGUCUCUGAGGGUGAAGUUGAUUCAGCAACAUCACUUGCCUUAGAAAUGAAAUAUGCAUUGGAUCCCAACCGACAAAUCAAGAAGAGAAACAAAGCCCUACAGGUGAGAUUCAAAGACAUCUGCGAGGCCCAGAAUGAGCAAAGGGAAAAACAGCUCUCUUUGUUACAGCAGACCGACCAAAAGGAAGCAAAAUCCAUCUCUUACAGAGCAGCUUACCGAAAAUACAUGACAGUGCCUGCCCGAAGAUCAAUCCCUAAUGUUACUAAAAGUACAGGAGUUCAAACUUCACCUGAACUUAAAAAGUGUUACCAGACCUUCCCUUUGGACCGGAAAAAGGGAAAUAUAAUCAAAAGCAUAGCUUCAGUUGACACUUUUCCAAGUCAAAAUAAUGGAUUCCUAAUUGAUGUUAAAGAGAAAGACAGCAAAAUCUCAGGAGAGGCUGUUCAGUGCAGCAAGAAAGUCACUGGAUAUGUGACAGCUGAAUUUAUUUCACAUACUAAUGAACGCAUGAACGCAAUAGAGCCGCUUUCUAAGGACAACUGUUUGGAGACAUGUAUAAGCACUGAUUUGCACAGCUGUAGUAAAGAAUCUCCUUCUCUACAGGACUCAGCAGCUUCAGUUUUAGAAGAGCCUGAUUACUCUUUGCAUGACAAAGCAAAACACCACACUGGGCCAUUGAGGUACGAGGAAGCUAAUCCAGCCAGCCAAGGAAAAGUGUUCAAGACAGAAGUAGCUUCUGUCUACUUGCCCGCAUCUGGUUCACACAUCUCACUGGCUGACCAGCAACAUUCGGCAGCAACAGGGAACUGGUCCCUGUGUCCAGCCGAGGAGGAGGACAGAAAAAGAACUCUGCAUCUUAAUGGUCUGCAGUCACAAGCUGUAAGUACAGUUCAGGCCUGUCCCAUGCAGGCACAGUGCCAGUCUACCCAAUGUAACGAACAGACCCUUCUGGUAAAUGUUUCAUCUAUGGAAGGAAAACAGCCUUGUCAGACAGCAGUUGCUGUGAGUGAAGGAUGUCAACAAAUUGUGCCUCACACUGAAGUAGUAGAUUUGAAAGCACAGUUACAGAUGAUGGAGAAUCUGAUCAGCUCCAGUCAGGAAACCAUAAAGGUCUUGUUGGGUGUUAUUCAGGAGUUGGAAAAGGGAGAAGCUCAUAGAGAAGGGUAAGUUGAUUUUUAGUUUAGUUUUUUUGAUAUAUGCAAGAAUCUCA